CAGACUCAAUAACGAAGCCAGCCAGUUCCAGUCUCGGGACUCAGGAGGAGCUUCCAGCACAAGGAGUUUAGCAGAAGGUGCUAAAUACCUGUGGAUGCCAACACCGGUCUGUCCUAUAUGAUCUCAGCACAAAGACUAACGCCUCCCACUUUCAUCUGUGGAAAACAAACCCUAAAACUGGACUCUAUCCGUGUUAAGAGGCGCUUUUGAAUAUUUAAGCUUGCACGACGUAGCUUUGACAGCCAUUGUUCCUUCAGACUGUAAACAAUGGCUCAAAGCCUUCUCAAAAGGCAAGCUACUUUCCGGAUAGUCUAGUUGCCCACUGACUUCACCAGAGCGUAGGAAGAGGGCUGCAGACGUCACGCCUCUCCAUUGCCGGUGGCGUUUGUUCUCUAUUGUGAUUCUAGGUCCCGUAGCGGGCGCCGCAGGGCCGAGACUGGUGGUACGCAGGCUUCGGAGGUCUGGAGGCUAGACCGGCCGCUGCGAGGAGUCGCUCUGGCUCUCCCUCCGCUCUCUAUGGUCGGGAGCGCGAGCCCCUCCUCUUCCCGGAACGAGCACUCUUCCUUGACGCACGCGCUGCGCCAGGAAGGGGUUCCGUUUCCGGCCUGGUGGUUUUCGAGUUUUGACGUUCAGUAGUCGCGGUUGGUGGGCAACAACUGAGCCAAGAUGUUGCGGAAUCUGCUGGCCCUUCGUCAGAUUGCCCAGAGGACCAUCAGCACCACUUCACGAAGGCAUUUUGAAAACAAAGUUCCAGAGAAACAAAAGCUGUUUCAGGAGGAUAAUGGGAUACCAGUUCAUCUGAAAGGCGGGGCAUUUGAUGCCCUCCUCUACAGAGCCACAAUGGCUCUGACACUUGGUGGAACAGCCUAUGCCAUCUACCUCUUAGCUAUGGCUGCCUUUCCCAAGAAGCAGAACUGACGCCAUCGCCCCGCCCCAGUCUUCACGUGGUUCAGUUUCAUCAAUGCUCGAUGGACCAGGAAUCUGAUGAGUAACUGAGCUCUUCUUUGGGGAUCAAUAUUUAUUGAUGUGUAUUCUGCCACCAAUAAAGCAGUCCUUAAUCAUU